CACUUUUAAGAUAUUGUCAGUGAAAAUUGUUUGAUACACGUAUUGUCUCUCUCAAAUUCUUAAUUGAAUCGAAAAACUGCAGUAAAAUGUCUACAUUGGGUUAUUGGAAUAUACGAGGGCUAGCUCAACCUAUCAGAUUUCUACUACAUUAUGUGGGUGAAGAAUUCACGGAUCGGCUAUAUGAAUUGGGUGAUGCACCAGGUUUCAGUAAGGAAGAAUGGACAAGCGUAAAGGACAAAUUGGGUUUAGAUUUUCCUAAUCUUCCCUACUAUAUUGAUGAUGAUGUAAGAAUAACUCAGAGUAAUACUAUAAUUAGAUAUCUGGGACAUAAAUAUAAUUUGUUGGGUACAACAAUAAAAGAAAAGGUUGCCUGUGAUAUGAUGCUAGAGAAUGGCAUGGAUUUAAGAAAUAGGUCUGUUUAUGUGUCCUACAAUCCUGAUUAUGAAAAUGUAAAGGGAGACUACUUCUCUAACUAUCUUCCCGCAACCCUGGCUGGAUUCGAAAAAUAUCUUGGUGAUAAACCAUGGUUUGCUGGUGAAAAUAUCACCGUUUGUGAUUUUCCGUUAUAUGAAUUACUGGAUCAACAUCGUCUAGUGGCGCCGACUUGUUUGGAUAAAUACCCCAAAUUAAGAGCAUUUUUAAGUCGAUUUGAAUCUUUACCUAGGAAUAAACUAUUCAUGACAACACCCAUGUAUAUGAAGCAUCCAAUUCACAAUAAAAAUGCCAACUUUCGCUAAUGAUAAAUAUAUUUCAUAUUGAUCAAAUUGUAAUGCUUAGAAUCAUUAGUAGGAAAAGGUAUGACUACAGUAGAAAAUAUCAUGGCCUUU